CAGAAGUGAAGCCGCAGCGACAGUCAAGGACUAUGGACGACAUCGAGUUAUUUUCGGUGAUCGUGAAAGUCUUACACCGAAUGAAAAUGAUCUUCAUAUCAAACAACUAUGGAUUGAUAUUUAUAAUGAAAAUUUGAAUAAGGGUGCUGUCCUACCGAAUGGAGUGAUUCUUUGGGAUUGUCCAUGUUUGGGUACACAAGCAAUCGGUCCUUGUUCAAGGCAAUUUCGUGCGGCAUUCAGUUGUUAUCACCGUAGUAAAGAAGAGCCCAAAGGUUAA